AUGCGUUUCGAAUCUUUGGCCUAUAUGGGCCUUGCUGGCUCUGCAACAGCCAGCGUCAUCCUCUCAAAUGAUGUUCCUCUUACUGGCCCCUCUUUUCUCCCUAACUUCGACAUUUCUAAGACAGAUUUCCUCAAUGAAGCCAGGGAAAAGUUCCCAUCAUUGGUCGAAGAACUCUUUGAUACCAAGAUCCUGAAUAAAACAGACCUCAUUUUUGCGGUUGAUGUCUUUUCAGCCUCGACCAAUGAUUCGCUUUACAGUUACUUCCAUGUCGGCGACACAUACAAAGAUACUCUCACAAAGGGAAAACUGACUGAGGAUACAAUCUUCAGGACUGGCAGCGUGACAAAGGUCUUCACCGUGUAUGCUAUCAUUGCUAAGGCUGGCAUUGAGGCAUUGAGCUAUCCUGUGUCCAUUUUUCUGCCUGAGCUUUUGGGUAAUUCGUCUAGUAACCCACUGGAGAGAAUCGACUGGAGUGAAAUUACUGUGGGGGCACUUGCUACACAUCAGGCUGGCACCAGUGGCCCUGGAGGCUUUCUUGAAUUUAUGCGGGAUACACAGGUCCCUACUAUGGGCCCUUGGCGAAGUGCGCUGUACUCCGAUGCCGGGUUUGGCGUUCUGACUUUGAUCCUUGAGCGGCUUACUGGCCAAGAGUACAAAGACGCAAUUAAAGAUAUUAUCUUUGAACCACUUGGAAUGGACUCUUCCUCUGCAGUGGUUCCCAAUGGCUCAGACGUGGAUGCCGUAGCCCGGACUGGGCUCAAGUCAUGGGGCAUUGAUGUCCCUAUUGUGGCUGGAUCUGGUGGCAUCUAUUCAUCUGCCAAAGACCUGCGACUCGCGGGAAUCUCUAUCCUGAACUCCGACCUCCUCUCAUCUUCCACUACUCGGGAGUGGAUGAAGCCUCGCAGCAGCACUGGCACCCUCGUCGAGCUUGUCGGGGCACCCUGGGAAAUCACACAUCUCACCCUCCCUACUGGCCCUGGCUCGAACCGCACCCGUGUCUCUGACCUAUAUCUCAAGGCUGGCGGUAACGAUGAUUAUACCUGCUUCAUCGCCCUUUCGCCAGACCAUGGUAUUGGCUUCUCGAUUCUGAUUGCCGGCGAAACUGCCACCCCUGCGCGUUGGCCACUUCGCGACGUUACAGGAACAACCUUCAUCACAGCAGCUGAGUACGCCGCGGCGGAAAGUGCCGAGAAGGACCUCACCGGUACAUUCGUCGUCAAGGGCUCUGAGACAACAAACAUCACCAUUGAAGUCACGAAAGGAGAGCCUGGAUUAAAGUUGAAGUCCUGGUACGUUAAAGGACAAGACGCAGUUGAGGAUACUUCGUCACGCCUCUACCCAAUGGGUCUCUACUCCAACUCUCGCUCUCUAGCCGCACAAUACAAUAUCAAGGGCAAGUUUUCUACAGCUUUCCGCGUGGUUUCUGGACUUGCAACCCCUGCACCUCGUGCUGCCGUUGAGGGCGGCAAAGGAGGAUUGUUCGACCAGAGUCAGGCUUGGAUGAAUAUUGGAGCCUCCGGGACUGCCGAUGAGCUCAUCUUCCAUAUGGAGGAUACAACAGUCGUUAGCAUCAUUAGUCCCUACGAUGGGACGGAAUUUGUUCGAGUAGACUAG